GUCGACCUUGCCUGCCAGCUGCUGAAAUUGGCAAGUGUCCACGUUGGUUUUUGGUGCACCCUUGUGGCUAAAACGAGCCACUGCAGCUAGUCAGGGAACAUGCAUCUAUUGUUCAUAAUCCUCUUUGGUUUAGCCCAGACACGUGAUGUUUUCAUCUGUCUGGUAACAUGUGGCCUGCGACAUGUGACAGACUAUUUUUUCUUGACUUGUCUUUCUCAACAGGGGCUCAAACUGUACCACCUGACCCUUCUCCGAGCCCCUCCUGCCCACCUCCACCUGUGGUGCCACCCACCAACGUGGCUGAUGGCAUGGUGAACUUUGAUCCUGACCCCGCUGACCUCGCCCUAUCCAGUGUGCCAGGCCAGGAGGCGUUUGACCCGCGCAGGCAUCACUUCACAGAGGAAGAGCUGAAACCUCAGCCCAUGAUCAAGAAGGCCCGCAAAAUGCUGGUGCCAAAUGAUCAGAAGGAUGACAGGUACUGGAACCGACGCUUCAAGAACAACGAAGCAGCAAAACGUUCUCGUGAUGCCCGCCGACUGAAGGAGAACCAGAUUUCAGUCCGAGCAGCAUUCCUGGAACAGGAGAACGCCACCCUUCGCCAGGAAGUCGCCGAUAUGCGAAAAGAGUUGGGCCGCUGUCGCAACAUCAUCAGCAAAUACGAGAACCGCCAUGGAGACUGAUGAAGAGGAGAAAGGAAGAACAGAAGGAAGAGAAAGACACAAUUACUGAAUUUUUAAAAAAGCGUUUCAAGGGCUGUUCAACUCAUCCUGGAAUGGCAUUUUCUUGUAGCGUUUGCUUCAAAUAAGCACUACGAUACUCUGUUCACUAAUUUACAUUUCUUUCCGUACGUGCAGGGAUCGGUUGGAUUAGCUGGUGUGGUGCUUGGUUGAAACAGAUACUUGAAAAACGUGGUUCAAAGUUGAACAGUCUCAGCAUGAGGGAUGUGCACAAGGUCUACCUGUACUGUAAGCACAAGCACAUUUCAUAAGCUUCGGCUCUUCUCCUACGAUACCACCACAAACCUUGACUGAGGAUGUGCAAUCCAAACUCUCAUAAAUACUCACGGAUCAUAAAGGCAGAUCAUUUAUAACAUCAUGUAGCCCUUGUGAACAUCCUCUUUCUAUACGGGAUGAUUUUCUCAGAGAGAGAACUAUACAGGAGGUGGUAGAGAUGUAAUUUUUUUCUAUGAUAAAAAAACACCUUGUAUAUUUUUUAACUGUUAGGGUCAGCUGUAAUAGAGUAGAUGAAGAGGCAGAGGGGGGGAAUGAGGAUGGCGGCGAGAGCACAAAGAGAUUUUGACAUAGGAAAACUGUAUAUUUUUAUACUUGCAGAAGCAGGCAGGCGAUGAGAUUUUGGAAAUAAUCUUUUUUGUAUAUUUUAUAUAUGGGUGGGAGGGUGCGGGUAGCUGGACCGAAAGAGGGCUAUAUGACGAAUGGAUCGGUAUCAUAAAAUGAUAUAUUUUCAACAUCCAGAGCAGUAAGGCAGGUCAGGAAGAACAAGACUAAAGGGACGGACGUCAUUAAGAGUUAUGAAAGGAAACGGAGCUGAUAAGAAACAGAGAAAAUAGCGAACAUGAACACUGUAUAGUUUCAAAUUUUUCAUCAUGGGUUUGUUCAAGCACUUGUUUUGGUAUCUUUGAUUCCUUUUCUUAAAAUUAUGUGUGUGUGUUCGUUUUAUCUUGAGGUGAGAGAGAGAUGGAGAAAGAGAGAGAGAAAGAUGGCAUUACAUCCUGUCACUAUGUCUCGGGAGUUGUGAAAUCUGUACAAGAUUUUUCAGUGUAUAUAUUUAAAUAUUAAAGCAAAUACGUCCACAUGCUCUCUUUUUAACACUCUUUUUAACACAAACUGGACAUGGGUUUUCAUGGCCAUUAUGAUAUAUAUAUGCACAGACACUCUUUGAAGAUGUGAACAACAGAACUGUUAAACACAGCAAUAUCGUUUCUCUUUCUUUCUCUCUUCCUCGAGCUUUUGACAUUGUGAUCGGUGCUGGUUUGGCAUUUCUCACCCAGGUUGAGUCGGCAGCGAAUGGGUUGCAUGCUGGCGCAUGUUUGCGUAUUUUUUCGCCACAAGAAAAAACACUCUUAAUUUUUACGACUCAUUUUAUAUGGUGCUCACCCAGUCUCUUGACCCAGACGCACAUAACCCAACAGUUAUACCCUGUUUGCCUAUAACCUUUGCUCUUGUAUGAUUUCUUAUGAUUAUCGAUCAUUGUAUGAGGGAUCAUAUAUAUGUAUAGACCUACAUGAGUAUAUCUAUACAUUUCCUCAAAAUUAACACCCCCCUCCCCCCAAAAAAACCCAUGCACCCUAAUACUACUGUACCAUAUGAAGUACAAUAUUAUAUAUUAAAUAUUAAACUAUUCUCUCACUAGAUAUAUGUGUGUACUUGAGUAUAUGCUUGAAUAUGUGACUUUAGAUGUAAUUUGCAUAACUUGAAUAUAUAAAUGUAGUAUCUUUCCGAUAAAAAAGACAGAUCUGAUUUCUUAACUGUUUUCUCAGGUGUCUGGGAUGACUAUAAAAAAAAAAAAUUUUUAAACCACGCCAUGCUGAUCAGCAAUACUGUGGCUUUUUUGAUUGAUUGUUGUCCAAUUUUUUGGAGCCAGCUAAUGGUGGCUGUAUAAUUCCACGGAAAUGAAUAGUGCACUAUCAACUAUUUUUGGAGGAAGAUUCUGUUAUAAAAAAAA